AUGUCAUCAAUUUCUCCUCCUCCAGUAUUCCCACCAUACAUCCGGCCUCAAUCGUUACAAAGUAUCUUCAACAACCUGCCGUCUUCACCUGAAAGAGCUCCCGUCUCUCUUCCAGCCAGGAAAACCUCGUCACCACUCUCUUCGCCUUCCUCAAUACCUGGAACGGCCAUCGAUCCACCUGAACUCAAUCGAGAAGAGGAAGGGGCAGGCAGUGGAGAUGAAGGGGAAGAUGACCAAAGAAUAGAGACAGGCAAUAAUAACGAUAAUCAAGGUGAAGGAAGAAGUCCAGCUACAAGUUCAACUUUACCUCUAACAGAUGAUGAAGAUCAAGAUGAAGAAGAUGAAGAAAGUGAGCUGACAGAGGAGGAAGAAGAGGAAAAAGUAGAGAAUAAUGGUAAUAUCGGAAAAAUCAGACAACCUCUAUUAUUCCCAGAUUCGAGGUCAGAUAGAGGAGAUUCACAAGCUUCUACUGCAAGUUUAACCCCUCCACCAAGUGAUAAAUCUCCUUCUCCUUCUCCUUCACUUUCACCGUCACCCAUACAAUCAUCAAAGAUAUCACUCAGGAAUUCAUCAAAUUCAAGUCGUCCUAUAACUGAACUCCAACAGGGUAACAGCAAUAAUCACAUUGACGACGAAGAUGAUGACGAAGAAGAAGAAGAAGAAGAAGAAGAAGAAGAAAUAGAAGAAAUAGAAGGAGACAAUGACGAUGAAGAGGGGGACGGUGAUAUCACGAUGCGAGCCGAAGAUCCCAGUUCUCAUGUUGAAGAUGAAAAAGACAAUAAAGCAGAUCUCAUCAAGGAAAUAAGUGCAAAUGGCGAAGACGAAGAUGUGACAGAGGAGGCGGAUGCUGACAAAGAACUUCCAGCUGGAAAUCUCGAUGGAGCUGAGAUAAUUAUUGACGAAGAUGAAGUCGACGUUGAACAACCAGUAGAUAUUGAAAUUGAGGUUGAACCGGAGCAUGAAUCCGGAUUAGAGGGAGAGGGAGACGGAGAAGCUGAAGCUGAAGCAGAGGGUGAGGGUGAGGGCGAGGGUGAAGAACAGCAGAACGAAGAAGAUGACGGUGAAGGGGAUGAUCUUGAACCUGAAACAGCUGAUUCACCAGCUUAUCUCGCCGUUCCAAUGCACGGAAAAUCAUCGCAUUCUACCCAUGCUCCUCCCCCAACAACAGCAUGUAUGCGUUCUUUAGUAAUGCUUGAAUUGAAAUUCGCUGCUUUGAGAGAUAGAUUGUACAUCGAAAGAAUGGAAGAAGCUGCAGCUGAAGAAGAAAUGAUAUUGGAUGGUACCCAUCCCGCACUCCAAUAUCUAUACAAGACUCUUAGUGAUAGGAGGGAAAGACUACAUGAGGUCGCAUCUCGCAGGCAUCAACAAACGUUAGGAGAGUUGAAACGAGUGAGAGAAUCGGAAAAGCACUUGAUAUGGUCAUCUUGGACUGAGGAUCGGGAUAGAUUACACUGGGAUGAAUUUGAACAGACUUGGUCAAAGAGACGUAGAUUAGCAAGGGAGAAGAACGAAAUCGAGACUCCCCGUAUAGUCAAACCCGUCCCAAAGGUUGGACAACCGUCGACGAUAAGAGCGUUCGACUGGUCAGGAGGGGCAACACCAAGUCAGCUGAAUAGAGAUGAUGGGUAUCAGGAUUUAGCUUUGAUGGAUCAAAGUCGCCGCAUUCAGCAACCUUCACGGCAUGCUUCUCCAGCAGUUUUCGCAGCUCAAUACAACACGGCGGGACCUUCCUCUCAACCUGUCAAUGGAGGGAGCACGAUAUAUUCAUAUCCUCAAACGCAACAUACACAAGACCCACCUCAACUUCGACAAAUACCACAAGCGCAACCCCAACCUCGACCUCCGCUACAAACCAAUCCCCAUCCCACUUACCCCCCAGGCCGACCCAAUAAUACCAAUAAUUCCUCAUCUGCACAAACGAAAUCACAUCCACCUACACAACCAACUCAGACACAGGCGCAGCUGCAAUCGCAAUCACAGCAAAACCUGCAACGGCGCGAAGGGAGAACUGUCCCUACCACAUCCGAUUUCUUCAACGGUGGACCAAGACGAGAUCCAGCUUCAGGAUCAGCUUCUUCGUUACCUCAGAAGAUCAAGUCACCAGAAGAAGAACAACCUCUAAGUCCUCUGAAUUUGUGGAAUAGAUCUGUCAAUGGUAUACCGCCGAAAAGAGCAACCAGUUCGCCUAAAACACCGAGUUCAUUAGGUACCCCAACUGUAUCAAAUAACCCUCCUCCACAAAUGCACUCUGGAAUUUCUGCUCCUGGUCCUUCCUCAGGCUGGAAUGCGAAUUAUGGCAGAUCGAACUCAGCGGGUAAUGGAGAAACAAGCAAGAAACCUAGUAUAUCGGAUAUAUUCCCGAGGUCCAAUUCUGCAGGUUCUGGUUCAGCAACGGCACCUCCACAACCGGCCAGCAGCACAAGUGCCAGUGGUAUUGGCAGUCAACCUAGAAUGCACACUCUGAACGGUACAUCUCCUUCGCAAUUACAACAAGCGAGGGAUAGAUCAGAUUUCCCAUCUAGAUUCGCAAGUCUAGCUGAUUAUUUAGCGAGUUCGACUGCUCCUCCAGGUACGGGAUUAUUCGGCAUGGGAGGUUUGGGCAUGGGCAUGGGUAUGGGUAUGGGCAUGGGUAUGGGUUUAGGCGUAGGAAUGGGUGUUGGAAAGAAUCUACCUAGUCAGAACAAAGGUAGAUCACCUUUUGGGAAUGGAAAUCAAACUUCUUCAAGUCCAACGACCAAUACCAAUACCCCGAAUGCCAUGAACAAUACUGCGUCACCUAAUAAGGCGAAUGCACCGACGGCGGCUACGGCAGGAACAACAGAAAGUAGAUCGUAG